GGGAAGUGACGUACUGUGCGCCGUGGCGCGAUGGAGCCCCAGCAGCAGCAGCAGCAGCUGAGAAACUUGCGGGACUUCCUUUUGGUCUACAAUCGGAUGACGGAACUCUGCUUCCAGCGCUGCGUGCCCAGCCUGCACCACCGAGCUCUGGAUGCUGAGGAGGAAGCCUGUUUGCACAGCUGUGCUGGGAAGCUGAUCCAUUCCAACCACCGCCUCAUGGCCGCUUAUGUGCAGCUUAUGCCUGCUCUGGUACAACGCCGCAUCGCAGACUACGAGGCUGCCUCAGCUGGGCCAGGUGUUGCUGCUGAACAGUCCGGAACCUCACCAUCAGGCAGCUAGCCCUCCCCAGCCCCAGGAAGGGAGGCACUGGAUGGACCCUCAAAUUGAAGGAGCCAGUGGACCUUGGGCUGGAUGCAGCCUGUAUAUAGAGCGAGGGGUUUCCUGAUAGCUGGGUACUAUUGCUCCUUUUCCUGGAGCCAAUAAACCCGCUUUUACUCUCUUUGGUUUAUGUUCUGGGCGGGGAAGCUUUGCCCAUUGUAUUGGCACCAUCCUUUAUUCUGUCAGUUAGUGCAUAUCUGUUGGCUUCAGCCCUGGCAGUGGAGAAAUUGCCUUCUCUGUGUAGAAGAAAAACCUUAACAUUCCCAGGCACCUGGUUAAAGCAAGGUCUGUGGGUACAGUUUUAAUGUUAGUAACAUCAACAGGAAGUUGAUUCCUGCCCAGAUGGCAGAGAAAGAUGAGACCUCUUUCUAGCUGUCCUUCACUUAAAUCUGUCUGACUUAAAUGACUCAUUUGUGAGCCAGUCGUACAUUGAUUCAUAACUCUUUUUUUUUUUUUUUCAUUCAUAACUCUUUUUGUGGACUCUAAGGAAUUCUGCUAGAUGUAGGUAAAGGAGAUAACCAAGGA